AUGUCUGAAACCCGAGGGAAAUGUGCGAGAUGGGUCUAUCUAUACUCCUUUGCCGCUGUCAUUGGUGCAAUUGAAAUGCUGUUCAUUGGAUUAUGUUGGUGGCUUCUUUUCAGAAAAGAUGGAAUUCCAUCUACCAUGGAAGAAGGAUAUCGUUUAUUAUCGAAUCAAUUCAGGAAGUUCAGUUAUAUGGAGCUCAAGAAGGCAACGAAGAACUUCGAAGAAGAGAUGGGAAGCGGCGCUUCCGGGGUUGUAUUUAAGGGUGUGUUGGAGGAUGAAAGAGUGAAUGGGUUAUACACUGACGUGAAACCUGAAAAUAUACUCUUGGAUGGUGAGUUUGAACCCAAGAUUUCGGAUUUCGGACUAGCGAAGCUGUCUCAAAGGGACAGUAACAACUACGAAAUGUCUCGAAUUCAAGGAACGAAAGGCUAUAUGGCUCCCGAGUGGGCACUAAACCUUCCGGUCACCGCAAAGGUUAAUGUCUAUAGCUAUGGGGUGGUGAUCCUGGAGUUGGUGAAAGGCAUUCGGCUCUCCCAGUGGGUGGUGGAGGAUGGCGACGAGCAGGAAACUGAGUUAACCAGAUUCAUCAAGGUAGUGAGAGGAAAAAUGCAAGGUGAAGAGGUUGCCUGGGUGAAUGAUACAGUGGACACAAGAUUGAAUGGACAAUUCAACUUGAUCCAAGCGGAGAAAAUGAUUGAAAUUGGAAUAUCUUGUGUCGAUGAAAAUAGAAAUAAGAGACCAACAAUGGAUUCCAUAGUUCAAGCUCUAAUAGAAUGUGAAGAUGCAUUUGAGUCUAAUCAAAUGAGAACUGAGGUUGAAGGUGAAAUUUUCCUAUUUAAGAAACCAAAUCUGCUAUAUCCUAUUAUUUUAGAGUGUAGACGUUGGAUUUAG